GGAAGAGGGCAGCAGGGGCUUCUCCUGGCCCUGCCCAGCCAGCCGAGGCCCUCCUUCCCCUCUGCAGGUGCGGAUCUGGGAGAUCCCCGAGGGCGGGCUGAAGCGGAACAUGAUGGAGGCUCUUCUGGAGCUGCAUGGGCACAGCCGGCGCGUGGGGCUGGUCGAGUGGCACCCUACCACCAACAACAUCCUGUUCAGUGCUGGCUAUGACUACAAGGUCCUCAUCUGGAACCUGGACGUGGGCGAACCGGUGAAGAUGAUAGACUGCCACUCGGACGUGAUCCUCUGCAUGUCCUUCAAUACUGACGGCAGCCUGCUUACCACCACAUGCAAGGACAAGAAACUGCGUGUGAUCGAGCCCCGCUCCGGCCGCGUUCUGCAGGAGGCGAACUGCAAAAACCACAGAGUGAACCGGGUGGUCUUCCUGGGAAACAUGAAGCGGCUUCUCACGACGGGGGUCUCCAGGUGGAACACGAGACAGAUCGCCCUCUGGGACCAGGAGGACCUGUCCAUGCCCCUGAUCGAGGAGGAAAUCGAUGGGCUCUCUGGCCUCCUGUUCCCCUUCUACGACGCUGACACACACAUGCUCUACCUGGCUGGAAAGGGAGAUGGAAACAUCAGGUACUACGAGAUCAGCACCGAGAAGCCCUACCUGAGUUACCUCAUGGAGUUCCGCUCCCCAGCCCCGCAGAAAGGCCUCGGGGUUAUGCCCAAGCACGGGCUGGAUGUGUCUGCCUGCGAGGUAUUCCGAUUCUACAAGCUGGUGACUCUCAAGGGCCUGAUUGAGCCUAUCUCCAUGAUCGUGCCCCGGAGGUCGGAUUCCUACCAGGAAGACAUUUACCCCAUGACGCCGGGCACAGAGCCAGCUCUGACCCCCGAUGAGUGGCUGGGAGGCAUCAACCGAGAUCCUGUGCUGAUGUCUUUGAAAGAAGGCUAUAAGAAGUCCCCCAAAAUGGUAUUCAAGGCUCCCAUCAAAGAAAAGAAGAGCGUUGUGGUCAACGGAAUAGAUUUAUUAGAAAAUGUCCCACCCAGGACAGAGAAUGAGCUCCUCCGGAUGUUCUUCCGGCAGCAGGAUGAGAUUCGGAGGUUGAAAGAGGAGCUGGCCCAGAAGGACAUCCGCAUUCGGCAGCUACAGCUGGAACUGAAAAACUUGCGCAACAGCCCCAAGAACUGUUAGCUCCCCGGCUGAGCUGCUUUCUAAGCCGAUCUCUCCAUUGUUUCUACUCGUCCCUUAACUUCCCCUUCUCCGGUGACCCCAGAGACAGAGCCAGGACUGGAGCUAGGGGAGUGCCUGAGGACCCCACCUGCCACCUCAAGAACUGGAAGCUGACCUUUGACCUCUCGACCUCAUGCUAACAAAAGCCCCCAGCCUCUCCCGGAGACCCAGGCUGGCAGCCCCUUCCCCUGCCACCCCAGGAGCCUCGGCUUCCCCUUGGCUGGCAAAGACCUCAGACUCCCCGAGGGGUGCCCUCAAUGGACCAGGGAGCGGAGGGGGAAGCCAGGACCCCAGGAGACUUAGAGGUUGAACUUUUCCCCUGCAAAGGGGGCUGCCAGGACAUCUCCGUGCUCUCUGCUGGGGCUCACAAUGGCCCUGAUGGACGCACAGUAAGGGCUGGAUUGCCGGCAUCAGCUGUUCUCCCUCCCAUCCCCCACCUCCCUCUCCCCGCCG